GUUCCCUGUGUCCUGCUGCCGCGCACCUGCUGCCCAGGCCCGCCUGGGAAGCUCGGGCGCGGGGCGCCUCUCCAGGCAGGCGGUGCCUCAGAUACCCACACCCUUAAAGGAGCCGCGUCCCUGGAGUGAGGGAGCGUCUGCAAACUCCCUUUCGGGCUGCGUGCCGCCGCUCGAGAACACGCCGCCGAGCUGUACGGGGCUAAGGAGGCCGAGAGCCUCAAGGGCUCCCUGGAUGGCCGGCGUGCACCUCUCCAGGCAGAGGACCCGGAGGUUUCCUUGAAAUCAGGGUUCAGGUCUGGAGAGCAACAACCACUGAGGCCUAAGGAUCUCCCAAUCGUCGCAGGAUGGUGAUGAUGCUGUGGCUGUUGCUCUUGACCCUUCCCCAUCUCGGGGACUCCAUCCCCACAACUCCUGACCCUCGCCCACAACAGGAGCUAGCAGGCAUCAUUGGGGGCUGCCCUGUCUCGGCCAUGAGGUUCCCAUGGCAGGUCAGCCUGCAGUUCUACAGCCAGUCCAACCACCGGUGGGAACAUAUCUGUGGGGGCUCACUCAUCCACCCACAGUGGGUGCUGACUGCUGCCCACUGUCUCAAUCCGGAGGAGCUGGAGGCCUGUACCUUCAGGGUCCAGGUUGGGCAGCUAAGGCUGUAUGAGGAUGACCAUCUGGUGAAGGUGAUUGAGAUCAUCCGCCACCCCAAGUACAACGAGAGUUUGUCCUUCUGGGGAAGUGGGGAUGUUGCCCUGCUGAGACUGGAGGCCCCAGUGUCACUGUCAGAGCACGUCCAUCCUGUCUCCCUCCCUGAGGUCUCCCUGAAGAUCUCCAGGAGGAAAACCUGUUGGGUGACAGGCUGGGGUGACAUCGGAGUUGCAGAGCCCCUUCCCAAGCCCUUCCACUUGCAGGAGGUGGAGGUGAAGUUCUGGAGUAGUAGGAAUUGUGAGCGGGCCUAUCGCCAUACCUUCCCUGAACACACUGGCCAGCUCAUCAAGGAUGACAUGCUGUGUGCUGGGAACCAGAACCAUGGCCCGUGCUUGGGCGACUCUGGAGGCCCCCUUGUCUGCAUGUGGAACUGCACCUGGGUGCAGGUGGGUGUGGUAAGCUGGGGCGACAUCUGUGGUCACUGUGCCCUCCCCGGCGUAUACACUUCCGUGACGAGCUACGUGUCCUGGAUCCUUCACCAUGUUCCCCAGUUCCUGGGUCCUAUGUGGGGCAAAGGUGGGAUCCUCCUAAUGGAAGAGACCCCCAAUCUUCCUUGACACCUCUUCAGGGCUUUCUCCAUCCCAACCUCACUUUUGAAAGCCCUGAAAUUGUCCCCACCCCCAGCCUGCAGC